CCCCCCUCACAGCCGCAGCCUGUGCGCCCCGAGGCCCCUCACGCGCCAUGGCCAAGGAAGGCGUAGAGAAGGCGGAGGAGACGGAGCAGAUGAUCGAGAAGGAGACCAGCAAGGAGCCUGCUGAGGGCGGCGACAGCUCCCACCGCCUCGGGGAUGCCCAGGAGAUGCGCGCUGUGGUGUUGGCCGGCUUCGGCGGGCUCAACAAGCUGAGGCUCUCCAGAAAGGCCAUGCCGGAGCCACAGGACGGCGAGCUCAAGAUUCGCGUCAAAGCCUGUGGUUUGAACUUCAUUGACCUGAUGGUGCGACAAGGGAAUAUUGACAACCCUCCUAAGACACCCUUGGUGCCAGGAUUCGAGUGUUCUGGGAUUGUUGAAGCUCUGGGGGACAGCGUGAAAGGAUACGAGAUUGGAGACCGUGUCAUGGCAUUUGUUAACUACAAUGCCUGGGCUGAGGUAGUCUGCACACCAGUGGAGUUUGUCUACAAGAUUCCAGAUGACAUGAGUUUCUCGGAGGCCGCUGCUUUCCCCAUGAACUUCGUCACAGCAUACACGAUGCUCUUUGAGAUUGCCAACCUCCGGGAAGGGAUGUCUGUGCUCGUGCACUCAGCCGGCGGUGGAGUGGGUCAAGCUGUGGCCCAGCUAUGCUCUACUGUCCCCAAUGUGACCGUCUUCGGGACAGCUUCUACUUUCAAGCACGAGGCCAUCAAGGAUUCUGUGACCCACCUCUUCGACAGAAAUGCAGACUACGUGCAAGAAGUCAAAAGGAUCUCUGCUGAAGGGGUGGACAUUGUUUUGGACUGCCUGUGUGGGGACAACACUGGCAAGGGGCUCAGCCUCCUCAAACCUCUGGGGACCUACAUUUUAUAUGGUUCAUCCAACAUGGUAACUGGAGAGACCAAGAGUUUCUUUAGCUUCGCAAAGUCAUGGUGGCAGGUGGAGAAAGUGAACCCCAUCAAGCUGUACGAAGAAAACAAAGUCAUUGCAGGGUUCUCACUCCUCAACCUGCUCUUCAAGCAGGGCCGCUCAGGCUUCAUCCGGAGAGUCGUGGAGAAGCUCAUAGGGCUGUACAACCAGAAGAAGAUCAAGCCUGUGGUGGAUUCUUUAUGGGCCCUGGAGGAGGUCAAGGAGGCCAUGCAGCGCAUCCACGACCGAGGGAACAUCGGGAAGCUAAUCCUGGAUGUGGAAAAGACCCCGACUCCGCUGAUGGCCAAUGACAGCACAGAGACCAGCGAGGCAGGAGAGGAGGAAGAGGACCACGAAGGUGACAGCGAGAACAAGGAAAGGAUGCCCUUCAUCCAGUAAGACCUCGUGUCCGAGACCGUAGAGGAUGGCUGGCAAGAAAAGGGCCGCCAUGAGAACUCUCCUGCGCCCCAGUGAACAAACGCUGUAGUCCAGUGCGUGUCGUGUUUGUCUGCAGUCAGCCGAGCUAAGAAGCCGUUGAUCACUGUUGUGUUUGGAAUUCAGUGCCAACCCCAUCCCAUGCAGUAUUGUGCCCCUCCCUGGUCUAUGUAUCACACUCUCCCCUCUCCCUCGUAUCAAACCCAUCCUUCUUCGGGUCCUUCUUCACAGUUCUAGAAUAGCCUUGCGGAUUAACACAAGACCACGGGGCCUGAUGUCUGAAACCAGACAUGGGCAAGGCCACGUUUGAUUGAAAGGCAUUGUUGUCACAGUGCCCUGUCCAGAUCCCAUUAUUCUUCAGGCCAAUGACACUCUUUGUCUGCCAGCGAUCAGCUAUGCCUCCAACUAUGGCACUUGUCAGUUUGGCUGGUGGCAAGAGAGUAGGCCAGGAGCAGCGUCCACGGUCUUACAAAUGCAGACUUCUCUAAGCAGUACUUUGUCACCCUCCAAGAGGCCAUGUCUCUGCAUUGGCCUCUGCAUCUUAAGGUUUGAGCCUCCCUUGAACCCUGUUCCCUGGUUCUUAUUCAUAAAACCAGGGAGACGGGCGUGGUUUCUUUCUAGGAUAGAGAUGGGUCAACAGCAUCUAUCUGAGGACCAGUUACAGAGACCUCUCCUCUGAAACCAUGUCUCAUGAGCAGAGUCUUCUCUGUGGUCACACACAGUUUAGUUAAAUCCUAAAGAACACUCAACAGGGAUAGGCCUGACUCAGACGUCAUUAAACUCACCUGGGUUCUCACUUUCAACCUUCAGAAUCACCAUGGUUAUUUCUAAGUUCCUGUCCCAGAAACACCUUUCCCAAGGAAGGGCUCCCUUGAAGACCACGUUGGAGGUUGAGGAAUCAAUUGGUUUCUUUUGCCUUCUUGGAGCGUAUUUAUUCUACUGUGCAACCAGCAUUAGGGAUACAGUUGGUGGCUACCUACCAUCUGAUGCUGAGUGUGUGACCCUCUCUCCAACACACGGAACCAUGGUGCUGACUUGCAGCCUCCUUAGAUAUCAGGAGCCAGACUGCUUGAUCACAAUGCCCUGUUCAGUUUUCCAGCCUGAAAGAAGCAUCCUUGUCCUUUUUGAUGGACUUUGAGGUGACAACAGUUACCUGAAAGGAAAAGGAGGCUCCCUCCCUCCACAGUGGGGCUCCUAAUUGCUUCCUUCUAGCCCUUCUGCCCUAACAGUUCAUAUGUCACUCAUAAACUAAGCUAGUUAUAAAAGGCACCCAGGCAAUUAGCACCCUGAAUUUAUUUUGACUUCUGGAAGACCUAAUGGGCUCCCCCAUGACCUUGAGUUGGUGUUCAUAAAGUUUCUUUAUGUUCUUGAAGACUUUAAGAGGGUUUCUGUGUUGCCCACCUUCUCCACUAAUAAGCUUUAGGGUGGACCCCACUCUUUUCCCCAUGGGCUGGGUACGAACACAUUUCAACAAUCCCCCUGCUUGGUUUGCAAAGUCUCUGUAACCAGUCUCACAUCAUUCGUUGUGAUCCUUUUUCUCCAUCCUGAAUCCGUGGUGAUGAAUGACUUCCCACCAACUAUUUACCUGAAUGGAGUCUUUCCUCAGUGUGACUGUGCAAGUCACAUGUGAAGAUGAGAACAGGUACCACCAGCCAAUAGGGCAAGGGAUGAGAAUAUCGAGAGUACCAACCUCAGACUUUUAUUUUCUAUCCCCAGGGAGUGACUAGCGCUCUAGCGUUUGGCUAUCCAGAGAGAAGAUGGUCCUUGCUAAAUAUCAGAUAAUCAGGGGUAUUUCUACCAUCACCAGGCUCAGGGGUGGGUAGAUUGAGGACUACUCUCAUAGCGCUAUUACUAGCAGGUAGAAAUAGCCUUUUCUGGUCACUGGCCAUAGGAGGCUUCUCCUUCGGGGAACAUGGAACCUGACCCACAUUCAGAAUCCAGAUAGUCUUGUCCUGUACAGCAGAGAAGCAUAGAAAGUCACAUGAAAAACCUCUCCACCACUGAGAACAUAGAACCUGAGUAUGACCAGCAUCACCCUGAAGAACAGGAGGGUGGGUGAGGGACAACCAGAAUCAGUCAGUCAUCCUGUGGACUCUUGUGUUAUGCACCUUCCUUCCCCUCUCGUGAUUGUUUCCUGGAGGAAGUGUAAAGAGUGUCUCUGUUUGCCUUAAGGGAGCUGCAAAGGCUUCUGGGAAGGUCAAGCUUUAUCAGAAUGAGCCGAACAUUGUCUAAUGUGUCUGUGGCUUCAGAGCUUUCGUUAUAUUGUUAUAUUGUGCCUAUAAAGCAAAUUAUGUUUACAUAAAAUUAUA